CCGGAGGCGUGUGCCGCAUCGCCAUUUUGUAUGGCCGCCGGGCGGACAUUCGUCUGUUUCCGGAUUGGAGGCUCCGGAUCCGAGAAGGGGGAGUGCGCGUCGUGGGUCUCCCAAUGGUGAAGUUGUUCAUUAGGGGAUUUGAAAUUUUCCGAGCCCUGGGUUGAGAAAUGCACCUCAUCUGGAAAGCUUGACGGGCAAAACAGGCUUAACCCUGCCUGGGUGCUUAUGAGAGAGACGGGCAGAGGGAGUGUCAAGUUACAGUAUAACAUAAUUUCCAGAGGACCAUGCUGAAAAACAAUCAAGCAGUAUAAAUAAUGGACAUAUUGGGAAAGGUUUAUGAGUGAUCAAACAUUCUUUUUACACUAAGCCAGGAGGGAGUGGGGCGAAGAUGCCGAUACCACCCCCCCCUCCACCUGGACCUCCUCCACCUCCAACUUUCAGUCAGGCAAAUACAGAAGCACCAAAACUGAACAGAGAUGAGCAGCGAGGGAGAAAUGCUCUCCUACAAGACAUUUGUAAAGGGACCCAACUGAAAAAAGUGGUUCAAGUUAAUGAUCGCAGUGCACCUAUCCUUGAAAAAUCCAAAAGUGGCAGCAGCUAUAAUUCUGCUGCAUCUCCUCUUCCAACAAAAGUGGGCCUUUUCCAGGGUGGUAUCCCCAAACUACGACACAUGGGAGUAAAAGAAAGUUCAGACAACUCCUCUGGGAAGGCACUACAUCAGGGUUCUGGGGUUCGAUCAGCUGCACCCCGGCCUCCUGUGUGUGCUACUAGCACACGACCCCAAGAUGACACUGAAAAUAGCCGAGCUUCUCCCCCAGAGCUUCCACGCAUGCAAAGACCUUCAUUGCCAGAUCUUUCACGGCCAAACAGUGCCAGUGGCACUGGUAUGAAGCAUAGCUCUUCAGCCCCACCACCGCCACCUCCUGGACGGCGAGCCAAUGCUCCUCUUGCUCCACAUUCUAUGCAUAAUAGCAAAGCACCUUCUUACAACCGUGAGAAGCCAUUGCCACCAACUCCAGGACAAAGGCUUCCAGGAAAUCGUGAUGGACCACCAGCUCCUCCUCCCAUCAAGCCACCCCCUUCCCCAAUAAAUAUCCGGUCAGGAUCAAGCAAUCAGAGCCAAUCCUUGGUACCCCCUCCCCCACCUUACCGGCAGCCUCCUGGUGUCCCUAAUGGCCCUGCCAGCCCUAUUAAUGAAUCUGCUCCUGAACUUCCCCAGAGACACAAUUCCUUACAUAGAAAGACACCUGGACCAGGGAGGGGUAUGGCACCUCCCCCUCCUCCUUCAGCAUCUCCUUCCUUACAGAAUAGUCGGCCCCCACCUCCUGCCCGUGAUCCUCCAAGCCAAGGUGCAGCUCCACCACCACCUCCACCUAUGAUACGAAAUGGUGGAAGAGAUGCACCUCCACCGCCUCCACCCUACAGAAUACAUGGGUCUUCAGAUCCCAUGAAUCGUGGGAAACCACCCCCUCCUCCUACCAGAACACCAGUUGGACCACCUCCUCCUCCCCCACCAAUGAGAAAUGGACAUCGGGACUCUAUCUCUACAGUUAGGUCUUACUUGGAUGACUUUGAAUCCAAAUACUCUUUUCAUCCAGUUGAAGAUUUCCCAGCUCCAGAAGAGUUCAAAUAUUUUCAGAGAAUUUAUCCCAGCAAAACUAACAGAGCUACUCGUGGGGCCCCUCCUCUGCCUCCUGUCCCUAGGUGAAAAACAGCAAAUGAGCAUUUUUGCUUAGCACCAAAACUUGUUCUUAAAUUCUCUUCCCACCUCCAAAAAGCAUUCCUCAGAAAUCUGCAUGAAAAAUACAUUCCUGCUUUUUUUAAUUGCAAGAAACUGGAUGAACUUAUCAUUACUCAACUUUCUCUAUGCAUUUCACUCUCUGACAUAAAAAGGCAUCUGUUGGCUUAGCCAGGUGAGAAUACUCCUGCAGAUCAAUGCUAAUUUCCUCCCUUUCCUGCUAUCUUUGUCACAAGGGGAGGGAAACCCACAGUUCAUAAACACUACAGUUCAAGAACAAGGGAAGAGUGAAUGUUUCCCAGGAAAGAAAACCAAUCAGAACAACAAAACUAUGGGCCAAGUUGAAGUGGUUAUUUAUAGAUGCUUGCUUAUCAUAAGGAAGGAAAUGGCCACAAUUGUAUGGAUUAGGGAACAUUAAUUCUUUUUUAAAAGGCUGUGCUAUGAAAAUAAUUGAAAUGGCUCCAUUUUUCAUUGCAGGCACCACAUAUUCAGUUAUUAAACUUUGUAACUUAAAGCAGGAGGAGAAAGAUGAACUAAAUGACAUGUCUUAAAGACAGUUUAAAAAAUUGAUAAAGCUGCAUAAGAAUAGUAGUAUCUGUAGAAAUGCUCAAAAAAGCAGGCAAGUACAGCAGUUACCAUGCUAUGUUUUGGCAGAGUUGUUGUCUUGCAAAUCUGGAACCCUAAUCUUUAAUUGUCAGUUUCUCCAAAAGAUAGCUGGCAUCCUAAAUGAAGCUUCUCAAAAUCUACAGAAUAAAAGAUACCAUGGUAGAGAUGAACAGAUUGUAAAGUCUAAUAGCUAUCACUGAUUUCUGCAUUGUAUUAAAAAAAAAAGGCAUGACUGUUAUUGAGGAACUAGCAGCCCCUGAAAGUGAAAAGAAUGAUGUCCUGACAAAUACUGGGGAUGAAGAACUAGUUUAUAGCAAACUAGUGGAUAAAUGUUGCAAUACAGUGCUGGCCAUAGAUAAUACAUUGAAGGUGCUAUACCACUAUAGAAUAAAAUAUAUAUUAUAUUCCAACUUAUUAGAAUUUCUGAUACCUGAAUGUCCUGUGUCUUCAGAAGAUCCAUCUUGCUCUCAUUAACAAAAAUGCCCAGCUUCAUUGUCUUAUCCUAUGAAUAUUUUUCAGACAUAAUCAGUCUUGAGAAUGUAACCAUCUAUUGCUGAGGGAUGGCAAAACAUCUGAGAAGUAUUCUGUUUUUUUGCUGAGAAGUGGAUGGGCGCUGGCUACUACCAAUUCCAGAGCGUCAUUGACUGUCUGAAGGUCCCAUUGGCAUACAUUCCAGUCUAGUAAUGGGGAACAUACCUUUAAUGGCAAACUUCCAGUUAAAAUUUUUAAAUGACAUACCAUUUUGUUCUAGCUCAAAGCUGAUCUUUAGUGGUUAGUACCUACUUCAAUGAAAUAACUUUGGAAAUGAUAGAAACUGGUGAAAUUCCUUCAUAUUUUAUUUUUGCUGGUUAUACACAAUUGACAAAGUUUUCUGUGGUUCUUGCACAGACAUUUUAUGAGGUGGAGGGUUGUCAGUUAUGUUUGUGUCUUUUAGGAUGCUUGUUAGGUCCUUUGCAAGAAUGCCACUAAUUCCAGCUAGGCCUCUUGGUGGUGUCAUAGGAAAUUCUAUAGUGCUGGCCUUGUCUCUGAGAUCAAAAGAGGUAUUUACAUUUGGCCUUUUCCCAGUAUCAGAAAAAGGCCAAGGAUGGAUUGCACAUCUGCUUCUCAACAUAGUAGUUUACACUGCUGAAGACUCCCCUAUGGGGAUGCAUCUCUCUCUUUCUCUCUGUCUCUCCCUCUCUCUCUUCAGAUAAAUUUUUUAGAAAGCAGAUUCCAGCAGUAAAAAUGCCCAGUUCUGGAUUAGACACCACUAAGCAGACUCUGAAGCAGAAGCAAAUUUUUCAUCUCAUUUUAUCUCAUGCUCUGCAGUUGGUUGUAACAUCAAGCUUAGAUUGCUGGUUGGUGUUUUGCCUUAUACAGUGGUUUUGUUAUGUAUUGGUACCAGAUUUAUUAUAAUUAUUAUGUGUAUUUACUUUUAAAAUGUGGCAUUGGGAAAUUUGUGUUAUAAUGAUAAAUAUUGAUCUAUUUUGUAUGUUGUAAAAAGUUUGUUGACUUGCUAGCCCUACACUACAAAAAUUCCUUUACCACCUAAUUUUUUUUUAUGAUGAUGGAAAUUUGUCUGCUUUUAAGUUAAUGACUGGGCAGUCCCUCAUGUUGAGGGACUAAUGCUUGGUCAGAGGAAUUUCUUUUUUUCUUCUGAAAGAAAAUUAAAUCUUAUCCAGCAUAACUCGCUGGGAAGAGAAGUUAAAUGCACUGUGCAUUUUGGGGAGGGGUAUUAAUUUUUUUUAUUAUGUUCUGUAUAAUGUUGGCUUCCAGUGAGUAUAUCCUGUGGGAAGCACUGUGAAGGGGGUUCUUAAGCUUGAAAUGGCAGUCAAAUGGAAACUGAAUACAAGAGGCAUACAGUCAUACUUGCACAUUCUGGUCCAAAACGCUGCUUUAUUUCUUCUUGCUGCCUCUUGCCCACAUCCCUUCCUGGGCCAAGUUGUCUGGUGGUUUAAUUAUGUGAGUGGGCAAGAUGUAUUUGCUUUUCCUUGCUAAGGCAAGAGUUUUGUACAUAGUGAAUUUAGCACAUACAUUUUCAUACGCAUUCUGAAAACAUUCAGAGAAACCAUAUAUUUGCAACUAGCACUACCAAGAUAAAAAUCUUAAUUGUCUUAUAAAUCACUUUCACCAGUCUAGUGCCCCCAUUUGUGUUGGCUGCAAUAUCCAAUAAUUCUAACCAAGGUAAUUAUGUUGGUUAAAACUGAUGGCAAGUAUAGUCUUAUCAUCUGUGAGAUCCAUUUUAGGGGAGACUGCCUUAGGUUGAUUUUGAACUUACAGUCUUAGUUGCUCAGAAAAUCUUCUAUUUGUAUCUGGGAAACUAAUUUUGUAGACUCUCACAGAGUCUUCAUCCCAGUCUUCUUCUUGCUAUUGUUUUAAUGCAAUUUAAAGUAGAAUAUUAGGAAAUGUUUUACACUCUUUUCCUAUGGUACCUCUAGUUUUAAGGAUGGUAUAGGUUAAAGUAUGAUUUUUUUGUUCUUCACAGUGUAUCUGAUCUUUUCUUAAGGUAUGAAAUGAUAGAAAUAUCAGUUCAGUAAUAUCUAGUUUCUUUAGUUGACCCAAGAAUUUUUAAAAGUUUUAUCUGUCUGAUUUCUUGAGGCAAUUCUACAGUUUUAUAUUGUUUAUCAACAAAUAUGCCCACACAAAGAAGAUUCAAAAAUCUUUAUAUGAUUUCUUGAGGCAAUUCUACAGUUUUAUAUUGUUUAUCAACACAUAUGCCCACACAAAGAAGAUUCAAAAAUCUUUAUAUGUACAAGAGGUAUACAGUGAUGCUGUGAAGGCUAAUCACAAUCUACUAGUACAAAAUGAGAGGAACCAUUGCAAAGAACUGUGUGUCCUGCUAUCCUGUAACUAACUGUAAGUUUCAGAUGUUGUGAACAUGAAUUUUAAGAAUUGGGUUUUUCUCUUAUUUUUGAUGGUUUAGGAGAGGGCCUUUGUAGCUUUUUAACUCUCCCCCAGAUUUUAUGCAGCCCUUUUCCAUGCUGAAAUAUAUCAAUUUUCCAUUGCAGCUGUGCAGGUAUGCCAAGGAAAAGGCUUUUAUGAGGGGUGUAAUGUUUGUGUUAUUUAAUAGCAAAUGCUUCAACCUUCAUUCAUAGUGCCUUAUCCUUAAAUAGCUCCCAAUGGAGUUUUGUAUCUGUGUGCAUGCAUAGAAAUUUGGCUCUUGCAAGCUUCAUGCACACUCUGUCCUCCCUCACUGUCUAUGCUCAAUAGUUUCAUUUCUAUUUACUGCAGAAACACUACUGAGAAUAGUUCCUGUAGUUUCAAGAACCAGAAUUUGAGUCGAUUGCACUGCUGCUUUUGUUUCAGAUCUGAUCUUUCCCUUUCACAGAAAAUGUCCUUUUGGAGUUUUUCCUUUGCAAGUGUUUCAAGUAAAUUUCUUUAGGUUCUUGGGGCAGUGAAAGAAUUCUUGAGUCCAUUGCAAGGACACAUGUGGACUUGUUUUAAAGAAAAAAUUUCUUAAUGGGACUUGCAUGUAAUAGUCUUUCAUAAUUUUAUUAUCCUGAUUAAAUAAUUGUGAGAAUUCUCUUGAUGUGGCAUUAGGAGGAGUUUGAUUUUUAAAUCAUUUUGAUAAUUUUCACAUUAAACAGUCAAAUACUUCAUGUUCAUCUGAAUUCCACAGAUGAUAAACAUACUGUAGAUCAGUGUUUCUCAAGCUUGGCAAACAUAUGUGGACUUCAAUUCAGAGAAGGCUGCUAGCUGACUGGGAAUUGAAAUCACACAUCUUCAAAUUGCCAAAAUUGAGAAACACUGCUGCAAAUCAUUUUCCUACAUUUUUUAAAAAUAUAAACAGUCCUUUUUUUAAAUUGCUCUCUCUUAGUGGGAUCUUUCAAGAACCAUUGCCUCUCAGUUUUUUCCCCCACUUGUACGGCACAAUAAUUACUGUAUCAAUCAACAGAAGACAUGACUAUACAAUUUCCUCUCAAAGGUAGAAGUCAUUACUCGUUUGGGAAAAUGCAAAGUGCUCCAAGUACAGUAUAAUUAUAUAGCUCUGAAUGGGAAGAUCAUUCCCUCUUCCUCUUCAAUCUGUAUCAUUAAUCAACCAUCUUAGUUUCAACAUGCAGAUCAAUCAUGUUCCCUACAGUUGAGAUGAGAAUAGCCUGUGAAGAUAGCAUAUAUUGAAAGGUUGAUUUUGGGGAAGGAGAAAAGAACAUUAUUUUUAUUCCCUAGUAGCUAUGUUUGAUAAUGCUGCCUCUUUUAAUAUUUCACUACUUCAUAAGACACUGUAUCUGACCGCAGGAAGUGGUGCUGUCUCUUAUUAAAAUUGUAGCUGCAUUGACUGAUGCAGAAGUGAGUCUGUGUCCAUGAUCUAAUAAAUUAAUCAAAUACAAA